UGGGGAGGCAGUAGGACAACAUCACUAGUGUGACAACGAGACUCACCAGUCGGUACUGUUUUCAUCAUGGCUGAUCAACGCUUUCCAGCUAAUGUGCGCAUUAUUGGAGUGAUGCACAAGGACACAAUUAAGAUGUUUAUGACCUCUGUGGUCUGGUCAGAUAAGAAUGAAGUAAUCAUCUACAGAUCCUUCCAAGAUUUCAAAAAACUCCACAAACAGUUGAAAAAGAAACAUCCAGUGGCAAAUCCUUUUCGCAAAGAGGAUAGAAUUCUCCCCCGAUUCAGAGGCAUGAAGAGGAACUUCCAGAGGAAGGGGCCGAGUAAGAGUGUGCACCGCGUCAAAGCUCUGGAGAAAUACUGCACCGAACUGCUCCGGUGUGACCCCAGUGUCACACAGAGUUUAGAGGUCGUCCAGUUCUUUUGCCCAAAAAAUCAUGACCUGGAACCAGAGUUUGCCAAAAACAGUAUCAUUAUAGUGCCAUCAGAUGACCUGUCGGAGAUUCAAAAGGACGGGACAGCAAACCCAAAUGGCAAGCGCUUCAGUAUGGGAAACAUAACUCAUCCUUCUCUGACUCAGACCUACCGCACCGUUGCCCCGUAUGAGACCAAGGACCUCAAGAACAGACCCUUUAAAGUGGACGUAAACGAAACCCUGGAUGUCCUCAUCAAAGACCAAAAAGGCUGGUGGCUUGUGGAGAAUGAGGAGAAACAUCUGGCGUGGUUCCCUGCCCCAUACCUGGAGCCCUGUGAAGAGGACGACGAUGAUGACUUUGAUACUGUUUCCUCUGAAACAGAUACAUUCUACUGUGCUGCAAGAAACUAUGUCUCUAAGAACAGAGAUGAAGUAUCUGUACACAUCGGCUCUGUUGUGGAAGUGUUGCGCAAGUCUGGCGAUGGCUGGUGGCUUAUCAGAUACAGUGGCAGGGUUGGUUACGUGCCAUCCAUGUACCUCCAGCCUUACAACAACCCGUAUGUCGGCCUCCAGAGAACACUCCACAGCUCCACCUUCAACCUCAGUUCCCUGCAGUCGCCUCCCUCCCAGGGUCAGGGCAUCCCACGCAGGCUGACCUCGACUAGUCAGUCCCGAUCCCUGGAGAACCUGCUGGAACCGCGUCGCGUGCGGACCAACACGGCGCCUGACAGCCCCGCCGCAAGGCUCAAGGAGCCAGACAGCCGCAAGAGCAGCAUCAGCGCAGCCAGCGACGAGACUGACUUCAGCUUCAGCUCCUCGGGGAGCCUGUCAGGGGCAGAGGCAGAUCAGGAGGCCCAGAUCCAUGGGUCCUCCACAGAGGAGGCUGAGGUCAGCGAUGGCCCCGACACUGGGGAGUCCAGCGGCGAGAUGAGUCCCAGCAGAUCCUGCAGUGGCAGCCCCAGUGACAGCCCUGCCGUCACCCCGACUGUCAGAGCCGUGACCCCACCCAGAGUGCCACCCAGGCCUCUGGCCCAGGAGAUCUUCACCCGCUGCACCACCUACACCCGCAAGGCGGCCAUGGCCUCCAGGGCGCGACUCUUCCCACAGCAGAUGGAGAUCCAAACGCGCUAAUGGGAGAGAAGACACAUGAGCAGAAACUGAAGUGUGCAGCUUUGGAGCAGAAUUAGAGCAGAGUUUAUGAGAGUAGUUAAACAGGACAUUAACAGGAUAAGGCGUAACACGAGCAGUUUUUCUUAUACAUGGACAUAUUUAAAAGUUGUAUAUUUAAAUAGAAUUAGAAUGCCAACCAGAGGUAGAGGGUAUUCUAUACUUAACUGUUUGAGAUCCAUGGUUACUGUACUUUUAUUGGGUUCCUAAUGUGUACAUAUGCCAUUUUUAUGUCUGUCAUAGCACAGUUUUUGGUAGAAUGGGAUUAAGAGUCUGAUUAUGUAAGAAUGUAUGGUUUCAUAUGGAUGUAUUUCCUUGAGGACCAAGUGAUGCAUGUUUUUGUGUAUUUAUGAAUUGAUGAAUGAUUUAUGAAUUGGAGACUCUGUCCUAUUUUCUUUCAACGCUGUUUAAAGACAGUUUGAAAGGGUGGCAUUGUAUCUUCUACGUGUACAUAUAUUUUACAUAUAUUUUAACUUAAAAUACAAAUUUCAAAUACACUUUUCACAUCA